CGACGACUCAGAAGAUCGCUCAGCUCUCACAAUCGGACUUCUAAUGUCCCAUACCCUACACCAAGCCCUUGAAUGCAAAAAUGGAUUACUGGGAAGUUCAUCUUUUCGACCAUUCGUAUUCGGUGCUUGGGGAUUUGGCCUAGCGCGCCUAAUUGGACGACAGCCGUUCUAUCUCCUACGCGAACCAAGACGAGACGUCAACUUUAUCGGUACUUUGAUAAUUCACGUCCAAAGAGUCCAUUCGAGAACCUACAACAAGGCUUCAUAAGAUCAAAUAUCUCCAACAUGUCGUUGCGGACACAGUCCAUAGCAAGGUUCUGAGACCACCCGCUGUACCACAGAAAGCGACGACCAUCGCACAGAUACUGCUUAUCAUGAGAUCACCCCAGCCAUGUCAACCAAGUCCGGGAAAGAGACCGCCUUCAAAUCCAUGAACUCCAAACCUCGAUCACGGCCACCGAGUCUCUUGGCUUGUAUUCCAUGUCGAAAAAGCCAUGUGAAAUGCGACGGUCAAAAACCAUUGUGUAGCAGAUGUCAAAGUCGCAAGAGCAGCUGUUUCUGGGUCGACUCGAACCGUGGGUAUCGCCAUCAUCGCAAGCCGGCGCCGUUGGGAAAUUCCUCAAUUCGCUCACAGGAGAGAGCUAACACCAACACCACCGCAACAGCGCCAGCAGAAACAACAUCAGUGAAGCCCCCAUUUCCUGGGCCUAAUGUUGAUGUAUUUGAACAGGAGCAAUACGACCUGCACGAAGCCGUGCAAGCCAGACAACUGACAUACGAGGAAAUAUUCCAACACGACAGCAAUGACUUGUUUCUAGCAUCACUAUCCUUGGAUCCCCAGCAAUUCGAUAUACCAGCCAUUGCCGAUCAACAAGAACCAAAUCAACCUCCAAUGACCAAUGCCCCCUGGACGUCGACGGUGGCACAGCCGAAUAUUGACAACCUUUUGGACUCCAACUCCGAAAAUGACCUAGUCGGGCUGUUCUAUCGCUACUUCCAUAGAGCUCACCCAUUCCUAGCGCCGUGGCAACUAUACAAACAAGAUCCAUCAGUCCUUCCCGCCCCUCUACUCGCAGUCGUCCUGUAUGUUGCAUCACACUAUACCUCAGCGGCCGAUACAGCGGCAUUAGACGCCACAGCAAAGUCCAUUCUGAACCCGGAUGUGUCUGAAGACGGAUUCAAAGUCCAGGGUCUGGCCUUAUAUGCAUUGGUGAAAUAUGCGAGAGCAGAGCAGGAAACCGGUUCCAUCGCGCUCGACAUGGCUGUCGAAUUAGCGUUGAGACUUGGUAUGAAUCGAGAGAGCUAUGCCAUUGUCAAUGGGCAAACUCAUCCGAUCAUGCACGAGACCUGGCGCCGCACAUGGUGGUCGCUGUUUGCUAUCGAAGGUAUUACCACUGCCAUCGGUGGCCAGCCUCAUCCAUUCCGCACAUAUUCGGUCGCCUCAGACGUGGCUUUGCCAGGCCCUGACGAUGACUAUGACAAUCUUAUCUACCCGCCUAUUGGCCCCAUAUAUACCCUGUCCAAUAUGCAGGAGCGGAUGUUCAUGGACCUGGGAGUCCAUUUCUCCUCGUUUGCAUAUGUGGUCGAGGCGGCGCAUAACCUUGGAGCGGUGCUGGCGUUGCCUCGCAACAGCGACAGUUACAUUCAUAACAGUACGAUCAACAAUAGUCGCACCGAGACCGAGACCAGCAUCGAUGCACAAGUCGAGGCUAUAGACGCAAAGCUAGCCAGCUUCCAACUAUCGCUCCCACCAGACAAACGCGACCCCUUGCACGAGGACACGACCAUCGACCAGACGUUGCUAUGGGCACACCUGAUCAUCAAUUGGGCGGGAAUACUACUACACCGGCCACGGUCAUCGUUGACAUUCAUGCGCAGCCACUACCGCACCAUUUGCACGCGAGACGACGGUGGUCGCGAUGCAGUGGGAAUUCCUGUUCUGGAGUAUACUUCACACACGGCCAAAGCUCUACGGGCCGCCCAUGCUGUCGUCAAUCUUGCCUCCCUGCAACCUUGUAUGGCUUCGUGUACUCCGACCUUGAUGUGUGGUCUGACUGCAGCGGCCACCGUCCAUUUGCCCGCGUAUGCUAUCGUCCAUUGUCCGGACCAGGCGGUCGCCAUCAAGGAGCGUUUGCAAUUGGGUAUUGCCGCGUUGGCCUCGUUUGGUGAUUUCUGGCCACGUGCUACUAUUGCGAGGUCGCAGAUUGCUCGGUUUGCUCAUGAUAUCCUGACAAAGCCGACUUUGUUUGUCGAUAGUACUGGUCCAGGUCCCAUGCCAAUGGUGUCUGUGGAAGCGGUUCAACCGAUGGGCUGUGAUGCCUCUUUUGAUAAUGACCAGUGGAUGGAGAAUCUCAUCCAAGCUGAACUGGCUGGUAUUUAUGAUGAUGACGGUAGUGAUGACGGACUAGAUGAAAACUCAUACUUAUACGUGAACACGGCGUGAGCGAUUCGACUUUCUGGGCAUUGAUUAACAAGGCAUUGGCUUGAAGCUAAUAUGAUUCGGAAAUGGCUACAAUGUGGCCACCCUUCAAUCAUUAAAAGCCGAGGAAAUGAUAACUUGCAGUCCCACCCGCCUGCUGAAGCCAAACCAUGAUGCAUUCGUCAUUUCGUCUCAUCUUUGUCGUAUGCUUUCCUUUCACCCAAAGGUCAUGUGCGCCACCAACUCCGUGCUUCAAGAGUCACAUUCACAAGCUCCAUGCUCAUUCCGGCCUGAAGCAAUCCCAGCAAUAGAACACCAGACAUUCGUCACACUGGUACAGCACUUCUUUUGCAUCUUCCGCAUCUUCCAACGGAGCUUGAUCUUCGCCGUCGGCCAAAUAUGCAGACUGGGCAAUCUUCAUGUCCUUGAAACAAGCCAUGCAUCGAACUAUGAUUUCGGGCUGAUCGUGUGGAACAUUAUAAAGCCAAAGCGGGGGCAUUUUUUCGCGGGUGAAUCUUCCAAAGGAAUUAUGGGCACAUCCCCACGAAUCAGCCCAGCCCUCGCUAGGCUCUGCCCCAAAAUCUUCACCAGCUAACUCCCAUCUUCUCGCACCUGGGUGGUCAAGGUUGGCGAAUGAGUCCAUCUGAAUUUCAGGAGAUGCCGACUGCUGAGUUUCUGCUGGUGCCGGCUGCUCCGUCGCAGCGACCGGUGUAGUUUGCGUAGGAUGUUCCUCAACGACUGGUUGAGGGGUCUCGUCAAGCGUCUCUGGAGUCCGGGCUGAAGCAUCUGGUUCUGUCUCUUCGACACUCUGCAUUGGAACAUCCUCGUCUCGAUAGUCAGCCUGAUCCCCGUCGACAUCACCUCCUUCGACCUGACAAGCCUCGCUGCACUCGACGAUAGAUCGGCGACAGUCCCAACACCAAUGAGCACCACAAUGGCAUUUGAUGUGUGAACAGCCAUACAUCCUGGCCACAGCAAUGCCACAUUUGGGACACACUUUAUACUUGAAUUUCUUCAGCAUUGCGAGAAGUGGGUCGGAUGUUUGGCAAGCAUGCGCGCCAUUGGCAUCAGCAUCUGCAUCGCUCAGCUGCUUGCACUUGACACAAACACUCCGUGCGCAAGUCGGACAUUUGACAGUGUCACUGUUCUCCGAGAUCAGACGUUUGGAGAUGAAAGCAGAGCAAGUUGCGACUGGGCAGUAGAGGGGGUGAGGAUUGGAUUUCUCUUCAAAUCUGGACAUGUACUUGUUGAGAUCAGCUUCGGGCACUAGUCCUCGUGCAACGUCAAAAUGCCAGGACGACCCACAACAGGUCACGGGGAAAAGAGUCGUGUCCCGAAGGGCAGCGGAGAAUUGAUUGCGGAGACAAGUAUGACAUCUGGCGGAACGACAAUGUCGACAUGGGGUGGUGUAGUUGGCGACAACCUCCUCCAGGCAAACGCCGCACUUGAUGGGUUUGGAUGUAGGUUUCGUUUCGUCGAGGCUGGAAGCUGUGAAGGACUGGGAAAUAGGUUCAGGAGCGACGGUCGAUACGUCCAUUUCAGUGACGAUCUCCCUGUCUUCUGUAUUGAGGGGUAAAGGGAUAAUCGGCCCAGAAGUCGAAAUGGUCGGUGAUGGAGGGUUGUUGCCGAGGCUGGAGGUUAGGUGAGGCUCUGGCAAGCCAGGGAGAGGGUCUUGCAACAAGGACGGAUCAAGCUGGUCAAAGGAAUGGCGGCGUGGUCCAAGAAGAAGGGAAAUUGAUGGUGCGGUGCAAAAGUCGAGGUCGUUGGUGGUGUAGUUAAUGGUGCAGGAGCGAGUGAGGCUCGCUGCUGGCGUUGGCGGGGCAGUCACUUGAUGACGCCUGCGCGAGAAGGCGCGAGUGAGAAGAGAACAUGCCAUGAUUGUAAUGGCAGUGUCGAUCUGAAACCCGACGGAUGAGAUGGCGUAUAUCGAAUAUCGAAC